AUGAAAAACGAUUCCGGCACAUUACACCAAAAAUUACGAGAAGUGCUAUUUCGAUAUCGCGCUACACCGCUUUCAAACAAUAAAACUCCGGCGGAACAGUACUUUGGACGAAACAUACGCACAAAACUCGACGCGAUUAAACCAAUGAAACACGUUAAAAAUACGAUUUGCCAACCGCGCGUUCGACAAUUAACUGUGGGAGACCGCGUCCAGACAAAGUGCGUCAAAAAUAAUACACUUACGUGGGUAUUCGGCACUAUCUUGGAAAAAAUUGGCAAACUACACUACCGCGUUAUACUCGAUAAUGAUUUCAUAUUAAAACGGCACAUUAAUCAGCUACGUAGAACUGAAAUUCCAAAGACACCAGUGGCUGUCGAAGACGCGGGCGGGAGUGGCCCGAAUGCGAAUGAGCCUGAAACUGACGCGUUGCCAAUAUGGUUGCAGGGUGAACAAAAUACUCGAAAUGUUCAUCAUCCACGUAUAAUACAUGAGCAGGACGAGCCAAUGGUACAACAACGUCCCGAACGCGCGCGACGACCACCAAUUCGAUUUCGCGACUACGUGAUACAAAAUAAUGUGAUAAAUAAUUUAAAGUAAUUUAAAAUUUCAGAGUAAUUCAAAUUGUUGAUUUUCUAUUGUUGGGUUAUGUUCUUUUAAUAGUGUGGGAGAACUGUUAUAUCCUUUUUUUCAAAUAUGUUAUACUUUGUAUAACAUAGAUGGCAUUACGGUGUAUGGAAUAACUCAAUGACAUUCAGGAAUAAAAUAGAAUAGAAUACACGU